CCCUUCUCUCUCAAUGUCCCCCGCCACCCCCCCCUCCCCAACAACACUCACCCUCAAAACCCCGCGCCGCUUCCUCUUCAUCGCCUCGAUCGGCAACCCCCGACCCUAUCGCCAAACGCGCCACAGCGCCGGCCACAUCCUGCUGGAAGCGCUGACGCCGCUGCUCCCCGCCCGGGCACCCCUCAUCUCCUCCCUGGCCCAGUCCUCCAAUGGCCCCCUCUUCUACAAAACCUGGCACAGCCCAUCAUACAUGAACGAAUCGGGGCCCAAACUCCUCCGUCAAUUCCAGACCUGGCUGUCCGCGACCCAAUCCGAUACUUUCAAGAAUCUCGUUCAGCGCGGACAUGUCCGCGCCAUUGCGACAGCACCCGAGCAUCAACAUUCCACUGCGAUUCCCGAGUGGCAGGUCCGGGGCGUGGAUCCGGUGUCUCUAAGACAGUUCUCGCCGACCUUGGUCAUUCUGCAUGAUGAGUUGGAGGCGCCGUUGGGGAAGGUCCGCGUGAAGAGGGGCGGGCCGGAGAAGGCUAGUUUGAGGGGUCAUCGGGGAUUGAUCAGUGCGUUUGAGAGUUUGAGAGGGAAGGGACUGUAUCCGCCGAAGAAGGGGGCCGCGGUGGGUGACUUGUCGGUGUUGCGCAUCGGGGUGGGGAUUGGGAGGCCCGAGACGAGGAAUCGUGGGGAUGUGGCGGAUUAUGUUCUCAAGGAGAUGAGUCCGGCCGAGUUGGCGGCUGUCAGGGCGGCGGCGGUGCCGGUGUUGGAGGUGUUGGCUGAUGAGCUGUAUUGGGAGGGCAAGGAGGAAUGAUUGGAUUUGAGGUGGCUUUGUGAUACCCCUGUUACUACUAGAUUUUGAUUCCUCAUAGAGAUAGAUAGAUGGUCGACGCGGUUCUAAGGAUCAUAGAUGGAAUGCCCAACAAUUGUAAUUUAACAAUGAGUCA